AUGGUUUUACUGGUUCUGGCCGUGGCUGUUCCCUUACUGCUGCUGCGCACCCCCGAAGCCUCGGCUCAUUACUACGAGAUGAUGGGCACCUGUCGGAUGGUUUGCGACCCCUACACCCCCAAACCUGGAGGCGCCACCGCCAUGAAGGUGAUCCAGAACGUGAACGGUGUCGAACCGCAGCCCCCGGUGGCGCAGGGGAGCCGCGGGGAGCCGGGGCGACCGGGUAAACCGGGACCUAGGGGCCCGCCGGGGGAACCAGGACCCCCGGGUCCGAGAGGGCCAACGGGAGAACGCGGCGAAAGCAAACUCGGCUUCCCUGCGUUACCCGGACCAACGGGGACUGUCACCGGGGAUAAAGACGGUGUGAACUCCUCGGCCAGCGGGUUCAGGAUCGCUUUUUAUGUCGGUCUGAAGAAUCCACACGAGGGAUAUGAGGUGUUAAAGUUUGAUGAUGUUAUAACAAACUUGGGGAACCACUACGAUGCAAGCACCGGGAAGUUCACCUGCCAUGUGUCCGGGAUCUAUUUCUUUACCUACCAUGUGCUGAUGCGGGGAGGAGACGGGACCAGCAUGUGGGCAGACCUGUGCAAAAACGGACAGGUUCGGGCCAGUGCCAUAGCUCAGGAUGCAGACCAGAACUACGACUACGCCAGCAACAGUGCCGUGAUGCACUUGGACUCUGGAGAUGAGGUCUAUGUGAAACUGGACGGUGGCAAAGCUCACGGAGGCAACAACAACAAGUACAGCACCUUCUCCGGCUUUAUCUUAUACCCUGACUAA